GUAGAAGAUCUGUUUCAUUCUCGUGAGGAUUUUACACUCUGGAUUAUUUUUUAUGGUGCCUGUUCGUGCAAGUACAUAAAAUCUUAAUCUCCUCUUUCUCGUUAAUCCUCGCAUACUUAUUAUUUUUCGUCUUGUGUGAUUGGAAAAGUUUCAUUUCAUAAUGAGCCUGCCACCACUUGAUGUACGACGUUAUUGACAAAGUGACACGACUCUUUUUAACGACUUGACCAGAAUAAGUGUUCAGUUGGAGUCGUCAUGAAGCGAAUUCUUAUCCUUGGUUCGGGCUACAUAAGUGGGUGUCUUGUCCACUUUCUCACCCGAGUUUGUGCCACCACCCAGAAAUAUUUGGUCACUGUGGCAUCCGUGGUACCGAAAGAGCUUGAAGAUUUGGCAACACAGUUCACCAACUUGCAAACAGUUGUCAUCAAUGUUAAAGAGGAUGCUGAGGCGUUGCAUGACCUCGUGGGAAAAUGCGACCUCGUCGUUUCUCUCCUACCGAACGAUAUGCAUCUUCCGGCUGCAAAAGCGUGUAUCGAUCUCCGCGUAAACAUGCUCCACGCGAGUUACAACUCUGAUGAGCUGAUCGCUUUGAAUGAUGACGCACGUCAGAAUGGGGUCUUGAUUUUGGGAGAACUUGGUCUCGAUCCGGGGAUAGACCAUUUACUGGCGAUGAAAUGCAUUCAUGAAAUUCAAGAGCAGAAAGGAAAGAUCGUAUCGUUCGUUUCGUAUUGUGGUGGACUCCCAGCUCCGGAAUGUUCUGGGGACAAUUACCUUCGAUACAAAUUCUCCUGGGCGCCGAAAACUGCUUUAGGGAAUUUACUAAACGGGGCGAGAUUUUUGGAAAAUAAAUCAGUUGUCGAGAUUCCGCGUGGGGGUGGAAUUCUAGACGAGACGAAGCAACUCCAUUUCCUACCAGAACUUGGAUUGGAGGGUUACCCGAAUCGGGAUAGUUUAGUGUAUCUGGAAAAAUACGGACUUUCACCGCAUAUCCGGACAUUGAUCAGAGGGACGUUGAGAUACACAGAGUUUUCCAAGAGGGUAAAGACAUUGAUAAAGGUAGGCCUUCUUAGCGAUGACGCGGUCGAUUUCUUGGACCCUGAUGUCAACCAAGCUCCACUGACUUGGCGUGAAUUUAUUGCUUCCCUUCUUCAUAUAAAUCUUUCCACUGGAAACAACGAUGCCAAUUCCGCAUUUCGGACCGUCCUAUCUCCCACAGAGAUAGAAACAUUAACCAGCCUCGGAUUACUUGAGGACACGGCCGUACCAAAAGUUGGUACUCCUUUGACCGCAUUAGCCAACCACUUAGAAGGGAUGCUUCAAUUUAAAAACGGAGAACAAGAUGUCGUAAUCUUACAUCACGAAUUGGAAGCAAAAUAUCCCAUGCUCUCCAGUCACGAGUCAGUCUGUGGGAGAAAAGAAUUUCGAGAGAUUGAUUUCAUCGUGUACGGGGAUCCACUCCAAUCUAAUCGAGACUCUAAUUUCAAUCAACCCAUAAAUAGGACCCCCACCACGACACCACACGCCUACUCAGCCAUGGCAAAAACCGUAGCAUACACGUUGGGUAUCGGGGCGGAAAUGAUGCUCAAUGGCGAAAUCAAGCAAGUCGGCGUCAUCUUGCCGUUGACAAGAGAUAUUUAUCUUCCAAUUCUGGAACGGCUCGCGCACUACGGACUCUUUGCGAUUGAAAGAAUUCUAAAUGAGUUUGUUUGAAUUGGAGGAAUAUUUGUUAUUAUUUUGGGCGGACGAUGCUGUCGUGUUGAAGGGUGUGAUGAAGGGGAUAGGUGGCUGAUUUUCCUCCCUUUUUGCAUACUUCGGCCUGCAAGUGCAUCCACUUUCGAC